UAGUCGUAUCGAGAUGCGAUAUGCGCGCUCUGUGUUCGGUUCGCGGGCCGUUGGGCGGCGAGACGCGUGCGCUCGGUGCAGGCGCGCGCCUCCUAUCCCUGCGCAUGCCCGGCCAGCCUCAGCCUCUUCACUUCGUCGUGGAAGCCAAAUCGAGGGUCAAAGAGUUAAAAGCUUUAGCACAAACUCAUUCACAACUUCGAGGCAUGACCGAUACAGAACUUUUCGGUUUAGCUGUUAUGCAAAAUGGCGAAUACUUGUUCGUCGAUUUAGAAAGUAAGCUUUCAAAAUACGCUCCAAAGAGCUGGCGAUCUUCUCAUACACACGGCUUAGACGGCAAUGGAAAACCAUUAUUGGAGCUUUACUUGGUCGUUCAAUUUCAUGUCGAGAGUCCCCUACUAAUACACGAUGAAAUUGGACGACACUUAUAUUUUUUACAACUGCUGGAAAAUAUCCGUUUAAGAGAUGCUCUUCCCGCCGAAAUACUUUUGCUACUUAUCGGCUUAGCUCUGCAAGCUAAAUUUGGUGAUGAAGAUCUUUAUGAAGAUCGAGAAUAUUUUAAAGUUGAAGAACUUGCACCACCCUCCUUAUCUGGUGAUUGGGUUUCAUCGGCAGUGCGUGCUUGUCAUCGGGAACAUCGAGGCCUUUCACAGAAUGAUGCAGAAAUUAGAUUUAUUCGUGAAGUUUGCCUGCUUCCAGAUACUAUUAACUCUCACAGAUACCGAUUAAAACAAUCUAAAUCAGAAUCGGAACCAGGCACAGUAUGGCUCUUAGUGACAGCAAAGGGCAUUAAAAUUUUACCAGACAAUGGUUCUGUAUCAACUUUUAUAUGGAGUUCUAUUGGUAAACUUAGUUUUGAUAGAAAAAAGUUUGAAAUUAGGACAGAAGAGGGUAAAAUUACAUUAUAUUCUUCUAGCGAGGAAAAAUGUAAAUAUUUAUUUGCUUUAUGUAAGGAGACACAUCAGUUUUCAAUGAAAAUUUCACCUAAAUUAAAUGAAAUUUUAAUAAAAGAAGAAGAUGAAAGAAAAAAUUGUUUUACAUAUUCAAAAUCUUUUAACUUUCAAUAUUGUCAAAAUAAAAGUGAUCAAAGAAUUUCUCUUAUAUCCUCUACGAGCUCGAACACAACAUCGGGUAUUGUAAGUGACAGGGUACAGUCAGAAGAUGAGUUAGAAAUUAUGAUUGAUUCGCCUCCCGCUCCCUCGACAGAAAGCUUAGCAUUAGCUCACUUAUUAGACUCAAACUCGUAUUUAAUUCGUCACAUUCCUCAAGAAGUUCGUUCUUUAAAUACAAUGUCAUCACCACUUUUGCAAACUUGUAAAAUGAGAGUGAAGAAAAGUAAAGAAGACAAUGAAAAGACUCCUAAAAAAGACAUAUUACUAGAAAUGGGAAAUUGUUCGACGAGUUAUCGAGAAGAAACAAGUUCGUUACCAGAUCAAAUUGUUUGUGAUAAAAAUACAGAUAGUCCAAGUUCUAGCAAAAUGAAGUGCACUGGAUCACAAUGUUCAUCAUCAUGUAGUACUGUCAUAAUGGCUCGUGGAGGACUAAGCACUCUUAGUAGAGCCUCUAAUGCAAGCAGCUUAGAACUAGGAUAUAGUCAUACGGCUCAAAAUUCAAUGAUAAGUGAUAACAGUGUUACAGAAAUAGACGGGGAAUAUACUCAAGAUACGGCUUCAGCAUUAUAUGAUGGUCUUGGACAACCAGUUACUGUAGCUGCAUCUAGUGAGACAAGUGGUGUCUACACAAUGGGUAGUUCGGAAUUAACAGCUCAUUCUAAAAUGUAUACUAAUUCUGAAGGAAGCAGGACAGAAUAUGGUAGUUCACAUUAUGACAGUUAUAAAAUGUCCAAAGAAAAUGACUUAGCUGAUAUUGAUAGUGUUUCGUCCAUACUAAAAAAUAAAUCUCAAAGAAUUCAUCUCAGACCUGAGGAGUUGAGAUUAAAAGUGACCUCAAGUAACACCGAUUGCGUAGAUGGAGUAGCCCAGCUAAAUCAUGAAGAACACGAAGACAAAGAAAAUUUAUUUCGGGAGCGAACAAAUUCCAAUGUUAGUGCAGCAUCAUUUCAUGGUGACGGAAGUGAUCCAACAGAUAAUAAACACAAUUUGCUUAGUGCAAGUGAAUUAAGUGACUUAAUUGUAGGUAGGGGAGUUUAUCCUAAAAAUCAAUCGGUUAGUGACACCUUUGAUUCAGUAUCAGAUUAUGUUAGAUUACCUUUGCCAUUUUCUGGUGAUAGUUACCUUCAAGGGCAUGAAGACACGGCUCCUUCUGAUGAUAAUUAUCCUAAUAAUUCUUUCUUUGACCGACCUCCGACCCCACCAAAACGAAUCGACAGUCGUGUUGGACUCAAUUUAUCGCUACCAAAUAUUCUCGACUUAGAUGAAAAUGUACCUAUUUUACCUAAAUGUCCAGAUAAACCCCCACCACCCUAUGAAUAUAAACAUCUAACACUCACACCAACCGUCACUCCAUCCAUACCACCACCAGCUUACCCUGGUACAAUUGUUUCAAAUUCCAUAAAACAAGUAACUGAAAAAGAAGAAGUAGCAGCUAGAGUGGUGACUUCAAAACCUAUGAUUACUAUACUUACAGCCGAAGCGGGAGAGGUUAAUGUAUCUGGUGAGCGAACAUUUGCUAGUCCAAUGGUUGUCGAACAUCGUUUCCAAAAAUCAAAAAGACAUCAAACCUCAAGUCGUAGAGCAGAACGGUCAAAAUUAGCACAAGGUCUUAGCAAUAAUCUUUCCCCAUCAAGGGAACCAUCACAACACGUGGAUUCAAAUGUUCUUGUCGCAAUGAUGAAAUUACCGCCUCCACCGCCUCCGCCGAGACGACCGCGAUUACCACCUCCUCCACCAGUAACUCGUGUGCCGCCUCCACCUCCUCCUCACAACCAAACUUUUCAUCAACAAUUGUAUAGUGAUGUUGAUUAUGUUUACUAUCCUCUCCAGGACCCUUCGAUAUCACAACAGAAUUAUUUAGAUCAUAAACUAACCGAAUCACGAAUAUCUAAUAUACAUAAAAAUAGUAUACAAUACAGAAGUACGCCAUACCUCUCAGUCUCGUUAUCCGCCUCAUCAACGUAUGGAUCAAUACAAAAUCUUUCUGAUUCUUAUGUCCAAAUACCAGGUAAUCGAACUAGCUGGUACUCAUUGACAAGUAAAGCUUCAUUCAGUAACCGCUCAAUACAUUUAGAAAGACCACCAAUGCCUAUGAGUGUAACAGAAUCUAUUUUUUCUCGUACAAAAUCACACGAUAAUAUACUUCAUGCCAAGGAUCCACCUCCGAUAAAAACUAGGCGAGUGCCGCCUCCACCGCCACCGCCACCGCCACCUUAUGAGCAUAAGAAAAAAAUUCCAUGUUACUUGAAAGAACCGAAAAAUCUAAACUGCAGUGUUAGUAAUACUAGUGUUUCUAAAGCAAAACCUUCAAAUUGUGAUUUAGAUAUAAAAACUUUAAGAGAAAAAAGUAAAAACCUUGAUUUGCCUUUGAUUGCUGCAUUGUGUAACGAUCGUUCGCUGUUGAAGCAAACGAAAGCUUUUGGUGUUACAAAAUCAAAUAAAAAUGGUAGUAGUGAUUGUGAAAGUGAUAGAAAAGGUGUAAAGGCUUCACAAAACACUAUCAACACCAACAAUGUAGAUCUUAAAAGCAAACCAGAGUUAAAUCCUAGGAAAGCAGUAAUAGGAUCGCAGAAAAAAGUUUUGGGAAGAAACCCUACUGAUAAACUUCCCGCACUGCCUGGUUCUGAAACUCACACUCCUAGAGCUUUAUCCAAUACAUAUGUAAUGCAUCCAAGCGCAAUUAAGUUAAAGAAAAGUCAGCCUAGUUCAUAACGGCGUUAGGACUUAUGGUUUGUUAAUGGUUGUAGAUCCUUCCAGUGCUAUGAUAGCUCACCCUUUAUCCGCCAAUAACGUUGUUGUAAUAAAAGACUGAAAUUAGAUGUUAAAAUGAUCCCACUGAUGUUAAGUAAUAGAAUUUAGUUAAAAUGUUACAAAUUAAAAUAAAAACCAAGAGAUUAAAAUUACUGCUGUAUUUAUAGAUAUUAAAAAAAGGAUACCACGCUUUAAUUAAAGGACUUCGAUUUAUAGAUUAUGGCAUUCUUAAGCAAAGGUUCAUAUUUCUAAUUCUGCUCUAGGAUUUUGAGUUCAGAAAUAUUCAUGUGAUCAUUGCAAAAUAAAUUGUUUAAUUUUAUAACAAUAAACUAUAAAAAUCAAAGUUACAAUUAAUUCAGAUGUAAAGUGUACAAAAGUAAUUUAUUUAUUGAGAGAAAAUUACUAAAUGUUAAAUUCUCUAUCAAAUGCUUAAUUAUUAUUAUAAUCAGAAAAUAAUAAUGAUAAAUACUCACUUCUUUAUAAUUAUUUACCGGAGGUAAAAAUAACUUGUAAUAAGUUGUAACAUCUGAAGUCAUUGCUAAGUCCUUAUUAAUUAUAUAAAUGUUUAUUGUUUAAUUAUUCACAUCUAUUUAUUUUUGUUCACAAUCAUGUACAUAAAAGGUAGUUAGUUUUUUAAGUACAUCAUAUUGUUCAACGUGUACAAAUGUAUAGUAAAUUUUUUCAGGUGA